AAUGCGUGAGGAUAAUACGGAGUGUGUUGUGUAAUUUCAUGAGCAUGUAUAAAUUGUUCUUUGAGCCUUCCUUCUCACAUGCUUGAGAUAACCUUCAAUUGAUUUUUCAAAAAUACAUUUCCUUUAACAGUAUAUUUUAAGUGUGUGAGCAUAAAAUUGUGUGACAAUGUCGUGGUUAUUUGGAUAUAAUCGUAAUAAUCCGUCGGAUUUGUCAAAUUUUGGAUUACAAGUACCCCCUGGAACCGGUGGUGGAGGUGGUAGUGAUCAAGGAGGACAAAAUCCUCCAGAAAUGACAAGUUCACAACGUAGAGCUAUGGAGGCAUAUCGUUUUGAUUCAUCAGCUUUAGAACGAGCUGCAGCCGCAGCUAAAGAACUCGAAAAAUCUAGGCAUGCCAAAGAAGCGCUGGAAUUGUCAAAAAUGCAAGAAGUCACAAAACAACAAGAACUGGUAACUAAAACAAAAGAAUAUGAAGCACACAUUGCACAAAUGCAAGUUGAUCAACGUCGAGUUGAUGGCGAAGAAAAACGGAAAACAUUAGCUGAAGAGGCUAAACAACGUCAACAAAUGGCUAAUUAUCAAGAUCAAUUGUCUAGAAAACGUUACGAAGAUCAAUUAUUACAACAACAGCGUAUGAACGAUGAAAAUUUACGAAGGCAAGAAGAAUCUGUAGCAAAACAGGAAGCAAUGCGUAAAGCAACAAUUGAACAUGAAAUGGAUUUAAGACAUAAAAAUGAAAUGCGAAAAUUGGAACAUGAGCUACGUGCAAAAGCAAAAAUUGAUCGUGAAAAUCAUGAUUUAACAUUGGAACAAAUUCGGUUGAAGGCUGCAGAAAAUCGUGUUACAGUCAUGGAGAGUAUAAAAACUGCUGGUUCAGUACUUGGUUCUGGUGUACAUGCACUGUUAACAGACUGGGAUAAAGUGGUUGCAGCAGCUGGUGGUCUAUCAUUAUUAGCAUUGGGUGUAUAUUCAGCAAAAGGUGGCACAAGUGUUGCUGCACGUUAUAUAGAAUCACGUUUAGGUAAACCAUCAUUAGUACGUGAAACAUCACGAUUUACUCUGAUUGAUGCGCUAAAAAAUCCUAUGGUUGUUAUAAGACGUUGGCGUGAACGAAAACCGGCAGAUGCAUUAGCUGGUGUAAUCUUAAGUCCUAAAUUAGAGUCACGUUUACGUGAUAUAGCAAUUGCAACAAGCAAUACCAAACAUAACAAAGGUUUAUAUAGGAAUAUUUUAAUGCAUGGACCACCUGGUACUGGAAAAACUAUGUUUGCUAAACGGCUGGCAAUGCAUUCUGGAAUGGACUAUGCUAUUAUGACUGGUGGUGAUGUCGCACCAAUGGGUCGGGAAGGUGUUACAGCUAUUCAUAAAGUUUUCGAUUGGGCUACCACAUCUAGGAAAGGUUUAUUAUUAUUUGUCGAUGAAGCGGAUGCAUUCUUACGUAAACGAUCAUCUGAACAAAUAUCUGAAGACUUACGUGCAACAUUGAAUGCAUUUUUAUACCGUACAGGUGAACAAAGUCAAAAAUUCAUGUUAGUAUUAGCAUCAAAUACACCCGAACAAUUCGAUUGGGCAGUAAAUGAUCGUUUAGAUGAAAUGGUUGAAUUUGACUUACCUGGUCUAGACGAACGAGAACGUUUAAUUCGUUUAUACUUUGAUAAAUUUAUUUUACAACCGGCCACAGAAGGUGCAAGACGAUUAAAAGUCGAACAAUUCGAUUAUGGUGCACUAUGUUCAGAAAUGGCACGACUAACAGAAGGAAUGAGCGGUCGUGAAAUAGCAAAAUUAGGUGUAGCAUGGCAAGCAGCUGCUUAUGCUUCUGAAGAUGGUUUGUUAACAGAAAAAAUGAUUCGUGAACGUUGUUUAGAUGCUAUUGAGCAACAUAAACAAAAGGUUAAUUGGCAAUCAGAACAAGAACGUAGAGAAUCAAAAACAUUAAAUAAAUAUGAACCACCUACCACUAAAUCAUCAUCAAAGUCAUCUGAUUCAUCUGAUAGUGACACAAGCACCCCAACCAUAUUAGUUUAAAAAUAAAUUAAUAUUUAAUUCUAGGCAAGCGAUUGGAAAAUAUUUAAAUAAUGAAAUCAUAGUGGGAUUAUUUUUUUAUUGAUAAUGUUACGGUCGAAUUUAUUGUUAAAUGCAAUUGUUUUUACUAUGCAUUGAUUCAAAUUUAAAGUAUAAAAUUUUAUGGUCCCCUAAAUUAUUUGAUUCUCGGUUCGAAGAACACAAUACAAUCAUACAUUUUUAAACAAAAGAUCUGUGUAUUUAUCUCAAUUUAUAAAAUGAGAUAAAAAGUGACAAGCAAUGUGUGAUUGAAUUUUAAUUAAUUUGAAUGCGUUCCAUAUUAUUAUGAUAGUUGAUCGCGAUAUUCCGUAUAAAGCACACACCACACGAAUAUAAUAAAUUUAAUGAGACGAAUAAGUGCUGUGUUUAUUUGUGUUUGUAAAUAAUGAAAGUUUUAUUAUAUUCAUUGUUAUUUAUAAA